AUGCUAACCGCGCUAGCAUCCCGAGGUGGCAGAGACGAAGAUGUGGAUCUCAACGCUCCAUCAUCUCCUGGUUGGAGUGAUGACUCCGAGACUGCUUUUCAUAAUAGUCCAGCCAUCCCUCCUGCAGCCUCCCCUCCCUCUCCCCCUCCCCCUCUCCCUGCCUGUCAACAUGUCAGCCGUCCCCCCCCCUGGCACUUCCUCCCAGUGUCCCAGGCGGAGCUGGGCCCUCUGUUUUCCAACUCCAGCCCCUUCUCCUUCUCCCAGAGCCUGUUCAUGGUGCCCCGGCCCGGCCAGGCCACCAGGCCCCACCUUCACGCUGCCUUUGGCCCGCACUCGGUAACACAGCUGGUAUCAGAGCCUGUCCUCCCUCUCUCGUCUCUUCUGUCGGCCUCCCUCCUCUCAGAGCAUGUGGAGAGAGACAAGGAUAAGGGCAAAAAGACGAGGUUCAGGGUGAGGACGCUGUUCCACAGGCGGGGCCAAACAAGCACCCACGGGACCUGCAUCACCCUGCAUGCCUUCAGGCAGACAGAGGAGCACAAGGCCUCCUGUCUCACACAGCCUCCUCUAGGCCUGUGCCUGGUAACUCUGACUCUGCCCACUGAUUGGUUUGAGGAUCCACCCACCAACCAAUCACGUCAGGAGUUGGUGAAGCGGCCCACUAACAUCCACCCUCGCCACCGGUUGAAGAAGAGGGAACGGCAGCGGAUGGGACAUCUUCAAGGCAACUAUGUCAACCGGCAACAUUCCACUUCUCCUUCACUGAGAAGCCAUCUAGGUAUGGAUGGGGACACCCGGGGGGAUGUUCCACGGGCCCUCAGACACCAUCGGAUUCCCAUGAGAAACCAAAUACAGCUUUACUACUCCUUUUCUGACAGCGCGGCCGACCCACAUCUGACACCAGCAGGAUGUGUUGAGGACAGCGCGGCCCAGUCCCAGAGGCAGCUCAUCCAUAUCCGGCCACUGACACUGAAGGAGGAGGGGGGCCGAGAGCAGAGCAGGACCAAAGAAGAAGAAACCUGUUUGAACGGGCAGGAGGACGAAGAGCUCAGCUUGGACCCCCAUGUCCUGAUCAGCUAUCACAGGGGCCCGGUCCUGUUAGGACAGCCAAUCAGAGUGUCUGUGAAUCUGAGAGCCAACUUCAGUGCUGAGUUUGUUGUCAUAAGGCUGAAGGUGAAGAAGGGCUUGGUGUCAAUGGUGGCCCAGAGGACUAUGACCUCUGACCUGUGGGCAGUGAGCCUGGAGAGGAGCCAAGGCUCCAACCAUGACGUGGUGUCCAUCCUCUGCCACAAACACAGCACACACACACACAGUCCCACCCCCCGUCGAGGUGGGUGUCUGUCGGUGGACGGCCCCAAGGGGGCUCGGGGUGCCCGACGGUUGAAAGGUUUUUGGAGUACCGGACUUUGCCCCUUCACCAAAAAGGGGGCAGCAGUUAGCGCUUUCAUUGUGAUCGACAUGUUAGCAAUUCCUCAUGAGGUGUCCAGCGAUUGCUCCACCCUCUUUGUGGACGGCAGCGAGUCCGGGUUGGGUAACACCUGUGCAGUGGUGGAGUUUCUACUGGGCGCGCUCAGUGGCUCUGUGUGUUUGGAGGUGUGGGCUCCGUCCGUGCCCCUGCGAGUGUCCGUGGCGGACCCCGUUCUCAACGCCAUCGCCGGCUGGAACCAUUUCACUGAGAAAGGGUGUGUGCCAGUGUACCAACGCUCCUCGAUCCAGGUUCUGACUCAGUUCACAGCUCAGGACUCUCACAGCAGAACCACACACCUGCUGGGCUCGUCUGAUUGGUUCGUGGAUGUGACAGAGCUGGUUGGCCAAUGGCUGAGAGUAGAGGACCCUCGGGUGGCUUCCCUUGGCCCCCAAAACUACCUGAUUGGUUCACAACCGGGAAAGACGUCCCUUUAUUUUGAUAGGGGUUCAGGGGGCCCUUUCAUUCCUGAGCAUCAUCCUUAUCAUAUCAUCCUCUCAUCAUCACCUCAUUCUGGAGGGGGUCCCCCGCUGGGUGGGGCGGGCAGCAAAACCGGUUCUUUGUCAGAAGACAAAGACAGGAGGCUGACGAUUGGGCGAGAGAAGGACGGGGAGAAGCGGUCGGGCUCAGAGUUGCAGCGGGGCAGUUUUCCAGGAGCCCCCGGCCCUCGAUCAAUACUUUUCGGGGAUUACAAACUGGGAGUACUCCUUGGUGCUCGGCGGCGCCCUGGUGCUGAGCGGACCGUGGCAGGUUGCACGGGGAAAACAAAACCCCGCCUGCCUACUGAGGCCACCCCACCCGACACUUCACGACCAGGCAUAAUCAACAGCAUCAGUGACAAAACCCUCUAUUUGGACUCCCUGUACCUAGACCACCUGCCGGGAAAAAACACGGCGUCAGGAGAUGAGGAGGGGGAGGAAGAAGCUGAGGUGGUUUUGAGAGCGGCGCGGGUUCCAAGAACGGGCAGUUGA